GGAUGCAGCUGCUCGUCACAACGGUGGGGCGGAUCACUACUCAUCGACCCGGUUUGGUUUCUAGGAACCGCUGAAAGGCUUGGCACAUUUACCAUCUUACUUGAGAUUUUCAAUUCAACAACUCCAGUUGCCUCACCAUCUCCUUGACGCACAAUGGGAGACCGAGAAAAUCUAGUCUAUCAGGCUAAACUGGCCGAGCAGGCGGAGCGAUAUGACGAGAUGGUGGUGUCCAUGAAGAAUGUGGCUAGCAUGGAUGUGGAACUCACAGUGGAGGAGAGAAACCUAUUAUCGGUGGCCUACAAGAACGUGAUCGGCGCUCGGAGAGCCUCCUGGAGGAUAAUCAGCAGCAUUGAACAGAAGGAAGAGGGCAAGGAAGACAGCAAGGAUGAAAACAAAAUCUCCAUGAUCCGAAGCUACAGGCAAGAAGUUGAAAAGGAGCUGAAAUCCAUCUGUGGAGACAUCCUGGAGGCACUGGAGCGACACCUACUCCCUUCUGCUGUCAUGGGCGAGUCUAAGGUGUUCUACAACAAAAUGAAGGGUGACUACCACAGGUACUUGGCAGAGUUUGCUACAGGCAACGGUAGGAAGGAGGCAGCAGAGAACAGCUUGGUGGCUUACAAGACUGCAACUGAUCUAGCAAUGACCGAGCUGCCGCCAACACACCCCAUUCGACUUGGACUCGCCCUCAACUUCUCAGUCUUUUAUUAUGAGAUCCUCAACUCACCCGAUCGUGCAUGCAGGUUGGCGAAGGCUGCGUUCGAUGACGCCAUUGCAGAACUGGACUCUCUGAGUGAAGAAAGCUACAAGGACUCUACACUUAUCAUGCAGUUGUUACGCGACAACCUGACACUAUGGACUUCAGAUAUGCAGGGAGAAGAGUCCUAAAGGAAACAAACCUGACUGUUCAUUUCCCAUGUUAACUGUCCUUUGUGAUGAUCAGAACACAGACGCACUGCAAGAUGCUGAGGACGAGGCCCAGUGAGACGACGCCACCCACAGCCAACAACUUCAGUCCCCUCCCCUCCCCUCACCUCCUCA